UUGUUUUUUGUGUCAGAAAUGUUCAUUUUUAUAAGGCUAAUAGUUUGGUCGAGUCAGUUCCGCGCUAAACAGGCUCUUUGAUACCUAAAUAUCAUAUCAAAAAGGCUUGUAAUUUGCAAAACUGGCUCUAUGCUUCGCGAAAUUAGUUGCAAAACUCGCUGAAUGCGUUUGAACCAAUAGCGCGCGUUAGAAUAUUCACGUGACUUUUUGCAGCUGUUUAUGUGUUUUUACGUCUUAUUUGCAGUCGCAGCGUGUGUCAUAUUAGUUGUUAUCGUCCGUCUUAUUUCAACGAUUGUUGAUAUUGUUCAGUGUUCAAUUAUUAUUUUAACGUCUUAUUUGCUAUGGAAAUACUACAUGCUAGUUCAAGUGUUUUACCUAGCCCUGCUGGGAAAGGACGUAAGAAAGAACGUCAGCCAGAAAACUAUAAAAGAAAUGUUGCCAAGCGUAUGCGACAUUUACCACAGACUCUGGCAACGUAUCCGACCUGCAAGCAUGAUGGUCGACCAGGACAACCUUAUUAUUGCACGACACUAACGAUGGCGCAGGUCAAGGAGUGUCACGCGUACUUGUACGAAUCUAAAGACAAGAUAGAACAAGAUAGGCGAAUACUGGCUUGCUGCACGGGAAACAAACCCAAAAGAGGUAAAACAGACCACGCUCAGGUUUCUAUACAAUACAAUAUCCGUUUAAAGGAUGGGCACUUGAUAAGGGUAUGCCGAAAUGCCUUUUUGGAAAUAUCAAAUUUUAGUAAAGAUAGAAUUCAAAGGGUAAUGCGAAAUUUUGUGCUUUUCGGGGCUCUUCCAAAGGAACGCAGAGGUGGCGAUCGAGUAGGUGUAAAAAAUAUUGACAAGCAAAAAAGCAUAAAGCAAUUCAUUGAAUCAAUUCAGUGUGUUGAAUCGCACUAUUGCCGAAGCAAGUCAAGUGUCCGGAUGUAUUUACCCUGUGACCUUUCUUUUAAAAAGCUCUACAAUCAAUAUCUGGCAAAAACCCCGGAAGGUAUGCAUGUAAAAAUAAGUUAUUUCAGAAAAUAUGUAAAUGCUAAUUACAAUAUUGCAUUUGGGACCCCACAGACUGACUGUUGUUCUUUCUGCCUGAGGACGAAAGAACAGAUUAAAUCAAUGACAUCCGCGAGUGGUAGGCAUCAAUUAAUUGUGGAACAUCGCAUCCACGUAUUGAAGGCAAAAACCUUUUUCAAAUUACUUAAAUACACUAAACCAACAACAGUUACCUUUUCUUUUGAUUGUCAAAAGAAUCUGGCCUUACCACGGUUGCCUGACCAAUCUGCCUACUUUAGCCAGCAAAUUAAUUACCAUAAUUUCACAGUCGUAUGUGGUAGCUCCCAGACUCAAUUAAGAGUCACAAAUGUCUUUUCAUACUUAUGGACCGAAAUUCAAUCUCCGAAACAUUCUAAUGCUAUAACAUCGGCUGUUCGAGAUGUUUUGAUUAACUUCAAUUUUGAAAAUUCCGUAACAAAAAUAAAUUUAUUUGCCGACGGGUGUGGCGGCCAAAAUAAAAAUACUAUAAUGAUGGCAAUGCUGGCCCACUGGCUUCAAGAAGGGGCGCCAAAAAACAUUAAAUGUCUGGAACUGAUUUUCCCGAUGGUUGGACAUUCCUUCAUCCCUCCCGACAGGGUUUUUGGUUUGGUCGAAAAGGACAUAAAGAAGACACCAGUAAUUGUCGAACCUUGUCAAUAUGAUGACAUAAUUAAAAAACAUGCCACUGUUCGAAAGUUAGGGGUUGACUGGAGACUAUUCGACUGGAGAGCAGAGACCAAAAGAGUAGUGAAGAAUCCCUCAUCGUGGCAUUUUGCCUUCAAUAAAGCAAAACGUUUCAUUUUCAUCAGGAAUAAUGGUACUGUUCUGGUGCAAGGCGAACCUAAUUAUCGCCCUAAUAUUGGGCAACCUAACGGUAUUUGCAAAAAAAAUUGCAAAGUUUCCUCGCUAUCGCCUAAAGAGAUACCAUUAGGCAAUCAAUUGAAGGGUGACAAAAGUACAAUUGACAAGUUGCUGGCUCAACAUUACGGAAACGAUUGGAGGAGUCUUCCACAAUUAACUUUCUAUAAAAGUCAUCUCACAAAGCCUGCCGCUGCACGCGAAGAAGACGAUAAGUUGGAGGGAUGCCAAAAUCAAACUGAGGAUUUUCCUGUUUGAAUAAUUUAUAUUUUGAUUUUGUUUUGACUGAAUUUCCAACAUUUAUUUUUGUUAGAAAAAAUAUUUCUUUGUUUUUUAUGCAGUUAAAUAAACGCAAUUAGGAUUUGUUUAUGCUUUCACCCUAGUUUUAAUAUUAUUAUCAUGUUUGAUUAAUAAAGGGAAGAACUAGAAGAUAUAUAUUUUUUUAAUUUUAUUUGCAAAACUCUCUCUAUGCACUUUAUUUAUUUAUUUUU